AAGUGGAGGAUGAAGAGUGUAGUGCAAAGCUCUCCGAGUUUAAUCAAAAUUGGAAUAGAGGACAGUUUAGUGGUUCCUCCCAGUUCCUUGUGAAAACGGGGGUAAAUCUUUAGUGGUGCUAAAUCAGUCCUCAACUCUAUCUUCUAAUUGAAUCAGUACAAAGUGAUCUUUCAGGGAGUUUCCUCCUCGUUCACAUGCUUCUCAGUUGUCAUCAAAUACUGAGAAACAGGAAGUUUAGCAAUGUUUUCCUCCGUGGUGUGAGCAUGAGACCAAAUGAGACAGAAACUGAGUGAGGAGCGACUCGGGAGCAGUGACGGGAACUCUCAGGUGGACAAACACACAGAGCGCCUUACCUUCUCAGAGAGCCCUGUAAUCAAUGGCAACGACAGUCCAGACUCUUCCUCUGACACGUGGCCCCAGCAAAGACUUCCGCCACCCUUUCCCAGCCCCUCCCCUCUCUCCGCGCUGCAUCAUGGGAAGUGUUGGCAGUCUGGUGGAAAGGCCCGACCUGUCUCCCACUAAAGGGAACCGCGCAGUCCCCCAGGUGAGGCCCAAACAGAACAAUGGGCUGCUGAAGAAAGGCCUCACCCAGAGGGAGCUGCUCAACUACCUCAACAUCACCAGAAAAGAGCCCAAAGCAAGUGUGAGUGGCGACGGCAAGAGGGACGUUACCAGUGGCCGAGAGGAGGAUGACGUUUACGCCAAAGUCUACCAUAAAGAUGGCACUGAAGUAGAUCUGACGAAGAACUCGCUGCCAACUGGGGCCAAGUAUGACAAGGUUCGUUUCCGGUCCUCUGCCUUCAAGCCUGUCACCCCCAAAAACUUCAGCUCCAUGCAGAAUCUCUAUCCAUCCUCCAAACUGGAGGAUACGGAUCAGGGCCUUUCCAAUGGAUUGCACAGAUCGUACGCAGAGGUCCCGAAAGCCGUCUCCAGCUCCUCUUCUUCGUCCUCGCCCUCCCGUCACGGGGGGCUAACUUCAGGAGGCAACAAGGCCCUCUCCUCUGUGCGUGUGAUGAGCCAGGAGGAUGAUAACCUGUCGGACUCGGGCCAUAACUCCAUGAGCAGCCUGCCGCCAUACCGCCCGCCCUUCCGUCCACAUCUGGGGCACAUCAGCGCAUCUAUGGGCCACAUCAACACCAUCGGCUCCCUGGAGCGCACGACUCUGAGCUCGAGGGCAGUGGGAUCAGGAGGCGGAGGGAUAGGGGAGAUGGCGUGUCGAAGCAUGGCCACGCUGAACCGACUGACUCCGUACGGCGGCGAGGCUCCACCUCCCUAUGAAUGGACCCUGUCCCUCUCCAUGGAGGACGUGGUACGGGAUCUGGAGGAACGCCUGGUGGAGAAGGAGCAUGAACUCAAACAGAUGAAAAGAAACCUGGACGAAAGUGAGGGCGCCAUCGCUCAGGUGUUUGAGGGAAAACAGCGCCUGUGGGAGAAGGAGGUGGAGGACCUGAAGCGUCUGUACGCCGCUAAGCUGCGUCAGGUCUCCCAGCAUGCCCAGCGUUCGCAGCGCAACUUGCAGUUGCAGCUGUUCAAGGCCCAGCAGGAGAAGAAUCGACUACAAGAGGAGCUUAACAGCGUGAAAAGGGAAAUGAGGCACGAAGCCCCAGCCAUGCCAAAGCCAACCAGCCCGACCCUAGAGGAGACGCAGUGGGAGGUUUGCCAGAAAUCAGGGGAGAUCUCCCUGCUGAAGCAGCAGCUUCGGGACUCCCAGGCAGAGGUGACCCACAAGCUGAGCGAGAUCUUCCAGCUGAAGACACAGCUCAGGGAGACGCGAACAGAGCUGCGCAACGGGGAGGCCCAGAUAGAGGAUCUGAAGCUCAUCCUGCAGGGGACGCAGCGUGGCUGGUGUCCCUCUAAAAGUGCAUGUGAAGAUGGGAAAGGACCUGAAGACAAUUCAUCAACAGGGGCCACAGGAGUCUGCGGGGGCCCUACGGAGGAGCGUCUGCGUGCAGAGCUGCUGCUGGAGCGGCGCCAAAACGAAGCCCAGGUCCUGGCGUUCGAGGAAGAGAGGCACACAUGGCAGACGGAGAAGGACAAGGUCAUCCGCUACCAGAAGGAGCUGCAGGCCAGCUACCUGGAGAUGUACCACCGCAACGAAGCGCUCGACAGGGAACUGCACCAGCUGAGGGCGGGCAGAGAGCGGGGAGAUGACGGAGUGGAGGGGGGAGGGGGGAGCGGAGCAGGAACACUGGAAAGGGAAAUGCCAGAGCUCAAGAGUGAGACAGCAGGAGAAACGCAAAGGGACGCUCCUUCCUCCAGUCUGCCGUGGAUCGAGAGGAUCGAAUCAUCUGAAAUCUGAAUGUGACAGACUCGUUUGCGACGCAAACUGUGUUCUCCUGAGGUGGUGUCUGUGGAAGAGCAUGUCUGUCAGCAAAAGAAAAACUAAAUGAACCUAUUAAAUCCUGAAAUUGUAAGGUAGUAAGUCACAGUUAUCCAAUCAUUAGCGAAGACAAUACUGAGGAAAGUCAAAAUCCCCAUACACCACACAGAUCACACACUUGGACAAGAGUGUGUGGUCUGUGUUAGACAAACCAUAAUUACAAGAUGUCUAAUUCAGAUUACAAAGUGUAAUUGAUUUAAUUACAACAAAAAGGAAGUACACCUUCUGUCAGUUGUUUGGUUUUACAUAUCAGGUCAUAAAUGUCUUCUGGCCCUUACCACGUCUUGAAAUUAAGCAAAUACAACCACAGAUGAACAACACAUGACAUGAUACUAUUUCCAACAAACAAAAUGAAGCCGCGUGCAGAAGCAGAGUAUGAAAAACUAAUUACACUCUUGUUGUUUCCGUGGGAGUUAAGAGAGGAGGUGGCUAAUCAUAAACCAGCGAGCGUGAGCACGCCUAUAACAGCUCUGACGGGAGAACGACAUGAAAACAACCCCAGCUUGACACCUCAGACUCCACUCUGUGUUCAAUGUUAGAGCUCAUUGUAGGAGAUUUAUGAUGCUCAGCAAGUAUGGUUGUGUUUGGGAGCGUUGCCAUGGGGACAUCUCUUCUUUCUCUAAACAAAAAAAAGAACAAUACAGUGUUUCUUUUGUUUUUAAAACUGCAGAUGAGACACGUCUUGAACAUCGUUCCUUGGACAGACAAGACCAAAGUGGAAAUCAACUCCAACACCUCACGGGGGUGGAUGUGGGAUUAUUUGCGGUAUGUUUCGCAGCUGCAGGAAUCUGGCAACUUGCAGUCGUUGACUCAGUCAAGAGCUCCUGUGUAUACCAAAAUAUUCCAGUCAAAUAUGAGGUCAACCAUCUUUAUAACUAGAUCAUGCAGCAAGAAAAUGAUCCCAAACAACGAUAAAGUGAUAAUACAGUGCUGCUUUCACUGGUUCUCAGGACCACUGAGUUAAGGACUGUAUUUAGGGGUUUUUUGUAUACUGUUUCUGUAUUUUGGUUUAGAAAAAUGACACAUCAGAUAACGUUAUGUGUUGUUUUUCAUCUAAGGUACUUUUCUAAUUUAAAAACUGGGUCCGCCUUAGUUUUUUUUUCGCCAACAAAAAAAUCCUUCAACUUGAAAGUGGGCGUACUUUCUUCUUUUACGUGACAGCAGAUUAAGUGUCAAAAUGUUGCGCAUCUCAAAAGUUGCAGCCAUUAGGCUUUCUCAUGUUCUUUCUCUUAUUUAUUUUUCUUGUUUUCCUGGUAGAGAACAGCUUCCAUAGGUUCCCAUCUGUUCUCCUCUUCCUCCCCGAGCACCCUCGUUGAUUGUGUAAUGUCCUUAUCCUGCAAAGACUGGAUGCGUUGCCUCCUUCUGAACACGGUCGCACUGAGACUUGUGCCAUCCUCAGCAGGAGAGCGUCGUCAUUUCUGUAAAACUACAGUCAAGCACCUGAGCUGCCCUGCUUCAGAGUUUUGUAAAUGAUUCAGUCACUUUCAGCGUCUCAGCACACCUGGUUCAUCUAAGCUCUAGAAAUACAACUACACAUCUGGGUGAAGCAUGGACAGCCAAAGAUGUCUGGUUUCAAAGAAGCCAAUGAUAUUUAUUUGCCAUUAGAAAAAAAAAAGGUGCCCUAAACUAAAAUGUUGAACUUAUUUUAUUAAGUUUCCAUUCAGGUGAGAUCCAUAUACUUUGUACAGAACUGCAGUUUUUUGUUUUUUUGUUUGUUUUGUUCUUUUUUAUUGACUUUUUGUGGUUAUAUUCCAAAAACACAAUCUGUGCACUUCCACAUCCCCGAUUGCAGCUCAUGGAUUUGAAAGAUGAUUACAUUUACCCUGCUUACUGGUGAGAAGCGUUGCACAUGCAUGACGUAGUGUGGUCUAUUCAUAUAUGAACCAUCAAAAGCCAGCUCUCUAUCGACCUUUCAACAUACUGUGACUCUUGUCUAUUUACUGGAAUUAAAACUACUGUGUACAUA